CUUUACGCUCCCUCCCUCAGAGGAACACACAGUCCCACUGGCAUCCAGCCGUCUGCAUGCUGCUUCAUUUCUCCACACACCAGCUCUGGGUGAAAACCUAGAAGGGGUGUUGGAGAAAUUGAAAGGCAUCCAGAGAGGGUCGGCCCAAAAAACAAAAAAAAGCUGAGAAUUCACAGAAUGGGAAAAUCCGAGAGCCAAAUGGAUAUAAUGGAGAAAACAACCAAGUCAAUGAAGCAUCGCUGGACCGUAGUGGAGAUCGGACUGUCCGUUAUCUUACUGCUGAUGAGCUGUGCAUUGGCUGGACUGGUCGUGCUUUACGCUUCAACACUCAGAGAUUAUUCCUUUAGAAAUGGUGCAUCAAAAGGUCUGGAGUAUCGCAGGAACUCAGAUGCCACCAUGUGCACAACCCCUGACUGCGUCACUGCAGCGGCAAGGUUACUGCAGAACAUGGACCAGAGCGUGGACCCGUGCCAGAACUUUUACCAGUACGCAUGCGGAGGCUGGCUGGACAGGCACGUGAUCCCCGAGACCAGCUCACUCCACAGCGUCUUUAACAUCCUGAGGGACGAGCUGGAAAUCGUGCUCAAGGGAGUUCUGGAGACACAAAACGAACGUGACCGGGAAGCCUUCAUGAAAGCCAAAGUGCUCUACAGAUCGUGUAUGAAUGAGAGUGUGAUCGAGCAGCGCAAAUCGCAGCCCCUCCUUAAGCUCAUCGACAGUGUCAGUGACUGGCCUGUAGCCUCCGAGGACUGGAACAACACAGCAGCGGAGUCGUGGAGUCUGGAGCACAUGCUGGCGUCCCUAAACUCUCGUUACAACAAGAAGGUUUUGCUGGAAAUGUCUGUUUGGCCCGACGAUCGAGACUCGAGCCGCCACAUCAUUCACAUCGACCAGCCGUCUCUCGGGAUGCCCUCAAGAGAUUAUUACCUCAACGAUGGAAACUACAAAAAGGUGCGUGAGGCCUACCUGCAGUUUAUGGUUUCCAUGGCGAAAAUAGUACGGGAGGACAGGAACCUCACGCAGGAUGAUGAGCACGUGUGGGAGGAAAUGAUGCAAGUGAUGGAGCUGGAGAGAGACAUCGCUAAUGCGUCGUCUCCGGCUGAGGAACGCAACGACAUCACUGUGCUCUACAACAAAAUGACUCUGAGGGACGUGCAGGAGACCUUCAAGCUUGGUGGUUUUAACUGGACCCACUACAUCCAGGGCAUCGUGGCGAGCGUUAGCAUCACAGUGCAGCCUGACGAGCCGGUCGUGGUCUACUGCUCACCCUACCUCGAGAAGCUCGAAAGCGUGCUGUCUAGACACAACCGCAGGACUGUGCAGAAUUAUCUGGUCUGGAUGCUAAUCAUGGAGCAAGUCAGCAGCUUGAGUAGACGCAUGAAGGACGUCCGAGCACACUACAGAAAGACUUUACAUGGCACCACGGUGGAGGAAGCUCGCUGGAGGGAAUGUGUGCGUUACGUCCAGAACACCAUGGAGAACGCGAUCGGGGCUCUGUACAUACGCGAGACGUUUGCUGGAGAAAGCAAGCGCAUGGUUGGUCAAUUGAUCAGAAAGAUUCAGGAUUCUUACGUGGAAACACUGGAAGAGUUAAACUGGAUGGACGACGAGUCAAAAGAGAAAGCAAGGGAGAAGGCGAUGUCGAUCUCUGAGCAAAUUGGCUAUCCAGAUUAUAUCCUUGAGGAGGAGAACGGGAAGCUGGAUCAGGAGUACAACCACCUGAUGUUCGGUGAAGAGAGCUACUUUGAGAAUGUUCUUGAGAACCUUCGAGCAACCGCUCAGAAAACUCACAAGAAGCUUCGAGAACCUGUGGAUCCAGAACUGUGGAUCAUCGGUGCGGCUGAAGUCAACGCUUUUUACUCUCACAACAGGAAUCAGAUCGUGUUUCCUGCUGGAAUUUUACAGCCUCCUUUCUUCAGUGAGAAGCAGCUUCAGGCCUUAAACUUUGGAGGAAUCGGAAUGGUUAUAGGACAUGAAAUCACUCAUGGCUUCGACGAUCAUGGUCGCAACUUUGACAAAGACGGAAACAUGUACAACUGGUGGAGCAACUUCUCCACGGAGCAGUUUGAGGAACAGUCCAAAUGCAUGGUGCAGCAGUACGGCAAAUUCAGCUGGAAGCUUGCAGGAGGACAAAAUGUGAGUGGCAUCACCACUUUGGGGGAGAACAUUGCCGAUAAUGGAGGGGUUCGGCAAGCGUAUAAGGCGUACAUGAAGUGGGUGGAGAGGGAAGGUGAGGAGCCACGUCUUCCAGGUUUGGACAUGGACCAUAAGCAGCUCUUCUUCCUCAACUUUGCCCAGGUGUGGUGUGGAGCCUGUCGCCCUGAAUAUGCCAUCCAGUCCAUCAAGACCGACCCCCACAGUCCGCUGGAGUACAGGGUUUUGGGCUCCCUGCAGAAUUUUGAAGCCUUUUCAGAGGCGUUCCAGUGCCAGAAAGGAACUCCGAUGAACCCGCAGGAGAAGUGCAGAGUGUGGUAGUCUGAGCGGAUCAUACAGGCUUCAUUAUCCCCACCAAGGCGGCAAUAUAUAUAAUUAUAUAUGU